GAAGUCACUUGGCAGUGAUAUCCAUCCCAUCAAAUGAUCGGGCCGACGCUUCUUCUGCGGCGCGCGCUGCCUCGCUACAGCCUUCUGGCCAAGGCGCCUUUUCUCCAGCCCCAGCGAGGCCUCCUCUCGUCGCUCUCAGGCAGCUUUGGCUCCGGCUCCGGCUCCUCCAGCCGUCCGCUCGAGCUCAAGUAUCUCGAGGGCAACGGCGCGCUGGCUCUGGCGCUGCCGCUGCCCCUCCACGACAACGGCAUGCUGGGCGGCGCGGAAGGCGAUGUCGGCUUAGGCAUGCGUGUCUUCAGCAUGCAGCCGACAACGUCUGUCGGCGGCUUUAUCGCGCAGGUCCAGCAAGAAGACACGAGCGCCAAGGACGUUCAAGUGCGCACGACCAAGGGCGUCGCGUUCCCGCCCGAGACGCCCUUUUCGACGCUCAUGGCCGAUGACUUCCAGAUUGUUUUGAACGACAAGGUGCUCAAGGUCGCUGCGCCAGUCUUUACUGGCGAUGCGUACACAAGCUUGCCCCAGGACGGGCAGCUCGACAUUCGGUCCGUGGCGCACAAGGCAGCCAUCAUCAAGCUGCGUGAGACCAUCGAGUCGCAUCCCAAAUGGAAGAUCGACGUCGCCGAGUUCCGCAAGCUGGCGGCCGAGCAUGGCAUUCCUAAGAAGCAAGCGAGCCAGGUGCUCCACGCGUUCCAUCAAGUGGGCAUCGUCUUCCACUUUGCCCAGUCGCCGGACGAAGAGCUCAAGACGGCUGUGUUCCUCAAGCCACGCAACGUUCUCGACACGUACUUUGACUCGCUUGGACUGACGCCGCCGACGACGCAGCACUACACCGAGGCGCGUCAAGCGCUCGAGACGGAGCUCGCCACGCUCAUGCCCGAGCACGACGCCCUCUUGCACCUCAAGAAGGAGCUGGACCACAUGGCCCACAAGCGCGUCCGCGUCUACUGCUACCUGAGCUCCCUCGGGCUUGUCGGUAGCUUUGGACUCUACGCGUGGCUGUCGUUCAUUCACUUUUCGUGGGAUAUCAUGGAGCCUGUGACCUACUUUACGGGUUUCGGCGUCUCGAUCGUCGGCUACACUUGGUGGACGUUCACGCAAAAGGAGUACGACUACGAGAACAUCUACGACUACCUCUUCCAGGGCCGUCGCAAGAAGCUCUAUGCACGCGCUGCCUUUGACGAAGCGAAACUCGAGGCGCUUCAGGCUCGUGUUGCGGCCAUCCAGAAGGACAUUGACGUCAUUGCAGCCAAGGCGGUCAAGCCCACGUGCCUCCAGGCGCAGUUCCUCCGCAAUGAGUAAGCAGGAUAUGCAGUACAAUACAUGAACCACUGCUUCGUG